GUGUUUUACUUCCUGUUUGAGCCAAGCAACGACCACGAUUCAUACACGGUGUGCAGCUGUCAGACAGAGGUGAACAUGGCAGAAGUGUCGGAGAGGACGCUGCAGGUGGCCGUCGUGGUCUCUUUCGCCGCCGGUUUCUUGGCGGGCUGGCAGGCCAACAGGAUGAGAAGGAAGUUUCUGGACUGGAGGAAGAAACGACUGCAGGACAAACUGUCAGAGACGCAGAAGAAGCUGGAUUUAGCGUGAAUGAGCUGGAACUCUGGGGUUUGGAUAAAUACUGAAGUUGCUGGAUUCUGGAUGUUCUGUUGUGGAGAAGUGUCAUCAUCAUCGUGACGUACCUGUGUCCUCUCCUGUCUGCAUUUGGAAAAACAGCCAUACUCCACACACUACACAGCAGACUGUCUCCUUUACAGCACUGUUAUGAUCAUGGCCACUUUGUCUGCUGUUUGUUUACAUAACAACCUGGUGUUUGGUGUUCAUCUUUUUAUAAUGUGGUCAAAUAAAUGAUUGAUGUUUUUCA